AUGACUUCACCCGUCCCCUUCUUGACCAAUCUAACCAUCGCAGUGAGUGGUAAUCUCUCUGAUGGACAAAUGCACAGUGAUAUUCAGCGUCUAACAGAGCGAUAUGGUGGAAGAUUUGAGGCUCUUGACAUUGCCGCUUGCACGCAUCUAGUCGCAUCACGGAGAGCAGUCGACGUUGAGUUCAAAAAAGGUCUGAACUUUACUCCCUUCAAGGAAGCGUCGGUAACGGAAGGCUUGCAAGUCGUCAGUCAGGACUGGUUUUUCCUGUCUGUUGAGAAAGAAAUGCUGCUCGACACCAAGAAAUUCUUGCUUGUAAAUCCUUUUAAAAGGAAAGGUCAGGCCAAGGCCUCAGAUGAGAAACCUCCUGCAAAGCCUCCCGUCAAAUCCCCCGAUGCAUCUCACAAGAAGCCCCUUGCAAGAUCCCCUCCGAAGACUCAUGCGAAAAUCGACGAGAAAAAGCAAGAGCUUAACGCAAUCAUCGCUGAUGCAUAUGUUGGCCCUAAAACUGAUCUUGUCGUUUGGUUGGAUGCCAACAAUUUGAUCUGGGAUGCUACAUUGAUCAAAGACAACUCAACCAAGAAGUCAAACGGCACUGUUGCAAGCUACGUGGCUGAUAUGGACCAUUUACAGAUUCUCUACAAUUUGAAGACGAAGGCCUUCCAGUUUUGGGCUCACGAAUACUUUGAGAAGAAGACUGGUCUUUUAUGGGAAAAUCGCUGGGACGACCCUAAAGAAGGUCAAUACGUCUUUGUGCCUCGCAUAUUUGAAGACGUUGAAACCGAGGAUACCUUCUUUCCAGGGACGGAAAACACGACCAAGCCCUCAGCAGCACCCAUCUUCCUUCCGAGGUCUACAAAAAGUGACGAACCCCGUGCCAGACUCCUCCUUGUUCUCGGGAGAUGCUAUCUGGCGCUGAUGUGGAACAACCACCUUGAUGCUCCGCCAAAAUGGGAUUUACCAGCCCAUUCAAAGGACAAAAGCUGGCUGAAGCAAGAGAGAGCCGCUCUCGAGCUCUUGCACAAUCUAUCGUUCUCCCUUGAUCUCAUGGAAAACUCCACCAAAGUUUCAAAAAAUCAAAUUCUCAAUCGCGCCUAUCGAGGGCUCGGUCUGGCGAGCAUGACACCUGUGAAAGCUGGCACUGCAGAGUAUAAGGCACUGGCAAACUUUCUGAGCAGCUCGGUAUCCCCCCGGCACAGCUUCUCCGUUGAGCCGGUCAACAUCUUCAGAAUCGAACGCGAGGGGGAGUAUGAACGUUUCGAGAGAUACCAAAAAGCACACAGUACCCUCGUUGGUGACCGGCGCCUAUUAUUCCACGGAAGUAGCGCAGUCAACUGGAUUGGAAUCUUAAGCCAAGGACUGCGAACGAAUGCCCAAACACGAGUUACCACGGAAAGCCCAAUAAACGGUAUUUAUUUUGCUGACGUUUCUUCCAAAUCGGCUUCGUAUUGCCGACACAUGCCUGGUGAUCCCGGUUCUUGCAUGCUUCUGUGUGAGGUUGAAGUGGGCAAGAAGCCACAGGUAUGCGAUGUGGCGCCUCCUGGCGUUAUAAAAGCUAUGCAUAAGCAGGGCCAUAUUUCGUACCUCGCCGCGGGGAAGACAGACUACAACAAAUGGUGCGAUGCCGAAGCUGUGCAUCCAAGCCUAGCGGGUGUCCAAAUGCCUGAUACGCCUAGCGGAAGAUCCAAUUCGAAGAUUGAUCCUAAAUCCGUGCUCACUUUCUCUUCAGGUCGGUGGAACCACAAUGAGUGGGUUGUUUACGAUCCGGCUCAAAUCCGCCAGAGAUACUUUUUUCAAUUCAGGACGACCGCUCGGCCAAUUUGA